AUGAUCGACUACAAGCAUGGCGUCUGGGGCAUGGGCGUCUUAGUCCGGCUCCGUGGCUCCGUGAUCCCCAAAGCUCUGGUUUGGUCGUUGCCGUGCGCCUUUAUCACCGUCCUUUUGCAUCAGCUCUGGGACACCGAGAAGGGCACCGGCAAUGUGGAGAUGGAGGGCAUUACCACGAUGUGGUCCAGCUUCAGCUUUGUCCUCGGUUUCCUCAUUGUUUUCCGCAGCAACCAAGCCUACAGUCGGUUUUGGGAAAGCGUGACGCUCUUUCAGCAGACCAGUGGUGAGUGGACCAGCGCCUUGAGCAACCUGCUCUCCUUUUGCAGUGCGGACGAGGAAAUGAAGCAUGAGGUGGAGAAGUUUCAGCAAUUCUUGAUUAAGUUGCUGAGCCUCUUGCAUUGCAGUGCCUUGCAGACGAUGUGUGACUUGGACGACGACUCAUUGGAGAUCCUCAGCGUCUCAGGCAUCAGCGAGAAGAGCCUGCUCCACCUGAAAAACAGCCCGGACCGCGCCGAGACGGUUCUCCUCUGGAUCGAGCGCUUGAUCAUCGAGGCGAAUAACCGGAAUCUCUUUGAAGUACCCCCGCCCAUUUUGUCGCGGGCCUUCCAAGAGCUCUCCCGCGGCAUGGUCGGCGUCACCAACGUGCGGAAGAUCCGCAUGGUGCCCUUCCCAUUUCCGUACUCGCAGUAUUUGUCCUUGAUGCUCAUUGCCCAUUGGAUCAUGACACCCGUGGUGGCUUGCCAUCUAGUCGUAAGGCCCUGGUGGGCCGGGAUCAUUGUCUUUGUGGUGUCAACCUCUUUUUGGACCUUGUUCUACAUCGCCCAGGAGAUCGAUCAGCCUUUCGGAGAGGAUGCCAACGACUUGCCCGUGCGAGAAAUGCAAAAGGCCCGCGAUGAGAGGUGUUGGUCGUAUGGAUUUCGGUUGUCGUGGGUGGUGUGGUGA